GGCGGCCCCUGACGUGUCGGGGAGGAGCCGGGCGCCGAGGUGCGCGGAGUGGAGCUGUGCGCUGCGGAGGGGAGCGGAGCUGAGCGGCUGGGCGGGCCUGGCCAGGCCAGCGGAGCGGAGCCGUCGGUCGAGCGGCGGCGAACAUGCGCUUUUGACGCAUUGGAGAUUCCCAGAAGACCAGCUGGCUGUAACCCAGCUGCUGGGGCCAGUUCACUUGGAACCUGGUGCCUCCAUCCAAAGUACCUCAUGUGCCUUUAUACCCGAGCACUUUGGGGUUCUCCUGUCCUGACGUCAUCCACGGUACAGGCUUUCUUGAUCAUGGAUGGUGAAGAUAUACCAGAUUUUUCGAGUUUAAAGGAGGAAACUGCUUACUGGAAGGAACUUUCCUUGAAGUAUAAACAAAGCUUCCAGGAAGCUCGGGAUGAGCUAGUUGAAUUCCAGGAGGGAAGCAGAGAAUUGGAAGCAGAGCUGGAGGCACAGUUGGUACAGGCUGAACAGAGAAACAGAGACUUGCAAGCUGACAACCAAAGGCUGAAGUAUGAAGUGGAAGCGCUAAAGGAGAAACUAGAGCAUCAGUAUGCACAGAGCUACAAGCAGGUGUCAGUGCUGGAGGAUGAUUUAAGUCAGACUCGGGCCAUUAAGGAGCAGCUGCAUAAGUACGUGAGAGAGCUGGAGCAGGCCAACGAUGACCUGGAGCGUGCGAAAAGGGCAACAAUAGUUUCACUGGAAGACUUUGAACAAAGGCUAAAUCAGGCCAUUGAACGCAAUGCAUUUUUAGAAAGUGAACUUGAUGAAAAGGAGUCUUUGUUGGUGUCCGUCCAACGGUUAAAGGAUGAAGCGAGAGAUUUAAGACAAGAACUGGCAGUUCGGGAAAGACAACAAGAAGUAACCAGAAAGUCGGCCCCUAGUUCUCCGACCCUCGAUUGUGAAAAGAUGGACUCCGCGGUGCAGGCGUCACUUUCUUUGCCAGCCACCCCUGUUGGCAAGGGCACGGAGAACAGUUUUCCUUCACCAAAAGCUAUACCAAACGGUUUUGGUGCCAGUCCACUAACUCCUUCUGCUAGGAUAUCAGCACUCAACAUCGUGGGGGAUCUCUUACGGAAAGUAGGGGCUUUAGAAUCCAAAUUAGCAGCGUGCAGGAAUUUUGCAAAGGACCAAGCAUCACGAAAAUCCUAUAUUUCAGGGAAUGUUAACUGUGGGGUGAUGAAUAGCAACGGCACAAAGUUCUCUCGAUCAGGACAUACGUCUUUCUUUGACAAAGGGCAAGAAAAAGUCAUAUUUCCCACGUUGUUCAUGGGGCAGUAAACGGCUUUGACCCAGCGCCACCUCCUCCUGGUCUGGGCUCCUCGCGCCCGUCGUCAGCACCGGGUAUGCUGCCCCUCAGUGUGUGAGUGCCCGGCCUCCGGGGGGGGCUCCUGCCCUCCUCCAGCAGCCCAGGACACCCAAGCCUCACCCCUCGGUGCCUGGGCCCCGCCUGGGCCCCUGCGUCUGCCUCCCCGUGGCCGGCAGAGGGCAGGCUGCAUGCGGUUGGCGGCUGCCGGGCCCUGCCCAGCCCCAGGACUCUGCGCGAUAUCAAUGCUGGCUAUUUUCUCUUCUCGCCGUGGUGCCGUUGGUUUCACAUGAUUGCACUUUUGUGGGUCACAAGGUGAUACGUACGUGUAUUCCUUGGUCACUGGAUGCAGAAGUACCCAUUCAUCACACCUGCCUCAUAGCUCCCACCCUGCUGUACCGAUAGGGUUUAGUUGUGUUUAAGACGUUGCAGACCUUCUAGAAGUUCUCCCCCAGAUCAGGUCAACACGUGCCCUCCUCCUGAGCUCCCACCCAAGCAUCUUCAGUGCUCACGAUCAUGUGUCCCCCAGCUCCACUCCCCACAGUUUGGCCUGUUGCUGGCACAGAGUCAGGAAGGUCACUGAAUUAGGGAACGUUUUCUGCACCUUCUGAUUUUACUUUAACAGUUAUCAUUCCAUAGACUUGCCCCCCCCAGAGCAGCAAAAUGCCCGUCUGAACCCGAGAGGGGAGGCUCCGGGCCGGGGCGCACGCGGCCUGGUGCCUCUGUGCCGUACCCUUCUCCUCCACGUGGCUCCAGGUGGGGGGCGGGGGCAACCUCCUCGCCAGCUUUCUGGUCCUUCAGUUAAGUGACAUCUUUCAGAGCGUUUUGUGUUCUCCGAGGGCCUGUCCAGUUGUGUUAGGAAGGGUCGGGUGGCCUGAGUCGGGGGCUGGCUCGUGCCGGCUCCUGGGAGGCAGACCGGCCGUACGUGGUUGUCCCUGUGCAUCCUUUGAUUACUCUCAUGCUGCAUUUACUGUUUACAUUUGUUUUAUUGUACAUAGGUUUGUAAACAUUAUUGCCUAAGAUAUUUGUAUAUAACUUGGGCUUUGUAGCUUUUAUUUAUUCAGAAUUCAUAUGGCAUGUUAACGACUGAGGGUGUCCUACUCUGGGCAGCCGAAUAGGAUCAUCAUGUGGUUAAAAGAGAAAAAAAAUACUUCCCCUCAAAAAGUCUUUUAAUGUGGAAACAAUAAAUUUCACAGAAAACAAAG